CUAAUUACUAUAAAACGGUGUUCUUUUUUUUUACCGCUAAAUUUAAGUUCGGCCGAAUAUAAUCUGAUGAAAUUCAAUAUCAGGAUAUCGAUUUGGCUUACGCUCUAGUAAACCAAUUCGGGGCCGAUAACGAUGAUGGCCUAUAGCAAUUCAAAUUGGAUCGUUGGAUUUUUAACUACAGCGUUUACAUUAUCAACCAUGCCUAACGGCUCACUUCAAGGCCCGCAUGAAAAAAGGUUGCUUAAUAACCUCUUAAACACAUACAACACAUUAGAGAGGCCUGUGGCGAAUGAAUCCGAACCGAUGGAAGUACGCUUUGGUUUAACUCUUCAACAAAUUAUUGACGUGGACGAAAAGAAUCAGAUACUAACUACAAACGCGUGGUUAAAUUUGGAUGAGAAGAAUCAGCUUCUAAUUACAAAUAUUUGGCUUUCUUUGGAGUGGAACGACUACAAUCUGCGAUGGAAUGAUUCAGAAUAUGGUGGCGUUAAAGAUUUAAGAAUAACUCCAAAUAAAUUAUGGAAACCAGAUGUGCUAAUGUAUAACAGUGCGGAUGAAGGAUUUGAUGGUACUUAUCAUACAAAUGUAGUUGUCAAAAGUAACGGAAGUUGUCUAUAUGUUCCGCCCGGUAUAUUUAAAAGCACUUGUAAAAUAGAUAUCACAUGGUUUCCUUUUGACGAUCAACACUGUGAUAUGAAAUUUGGAAGUUGGACAUAUGAUGGCAAUCAGUUGGAUUUGGUAUUAAAUUCAGAAGAGGGUGGUGAUCUCUCCGAUUUUAUAACGAAUGGAGAAUGGUUUUUAAUAGGUAUGCCUGGUAAAAAGAACACAAUUGUAUAUCAAUGUUGUCCAGAGCCGUACGUGGACGUAACUUUCACAAUACAAAUUCGCAGGCGUACCUUAUAUUACUUUUUCAAUUUAAUCGUUCCAUGUGUACUCAUAUCUUCAAUGGCGCUAUUGGGUUUUACGUUGCCACCAGACUCUGGAGAAAAAUUAACAUUAGGAGUGACAAUACUACUAUCGUUGACGGUCUUCCUGAAUCUAGUUGCUGAAACUUUACCCCAAGUUUCAGACGCCAUUCCUCUGUUAGGUACAUAUUUCAACUGUAUAAUGUUUAUGGUUGCAUCAUCAGUCGUUUUAACUGUCGUUGUCUUGAAUUAUCAUCAUCGAACAGCUGAUAUUCAUGAAAUGCCACAAUGGAUUAAAGUAGUAUUUCUAUUAUGGUUACCAUAUAUAUUAUGUAUGCGCCGUCCUGGUAAAAGGAUAACAUGGCGCAUGUUAUGUAUGAGCAACAAGAAGAAGAAGGAAAUGGAACUCCAAGAACGCUCAUCAAAAUCAUUAUUAGCAAAUGUAUUAGACAUUGAUGAUGAUUUCCGAAAUGUGGGCAACAAUUCAGGUGGUGGGGUUAGCGGUGGUGGGGGUUAUAUACGACCAACAACAAUUGAAGAGACAGGUCUAAUACAAAAUAAUGGAAAUAAUAGGGAAUUGCAAAUAAUAUUACAAGAAUUACGAUAUAUCACAUGUCGUAUGAAGAAAGCUGAUGAAGAGGCUGAAGUAAUUAGCGAUUGGAAAUUUGCGGCAAUGGUUGUAGAUCGUUUUUGUUUAUUAAUAUUUACAGCAUUUACAAUCAUUGCAACCGUGUGUGUACUAUUUUCUGCACCGCAUAUCAUAGUUCAAUAG